AUGACAAACACUACCUACAGCACGCUCUACCCAGAAAUCUCCUCUCUCAUCCCUAGACUCCGCAACGCCAUCAAUACAUUCGACUUCAUCUCCCAUCAACCAGAAACCUUUCGGCAGCAGCUGGCGCUCGCUGUGCAAGGCUAUCGUACAUUAGAGAUACAAAACGAGCUCGGUGUACACAUUCUCAACGUGUUAAACCGAGACGACUGGCCAGGGCGAUUGUGGCUAGACAUUCUUUCCGAUGCUAUCGGCGAGAUUGAUAGGGGUUGCAGUCUCUUGAUCAAGGCUGGAUUCAGGUGGGGAGAGGGAAAAAGGACACCGAAAUUUGAUGAGGCGGCGACGAUUGUGAGGGGGCUGUUGGAGAGGGAAGAGAAGGAAGAGGCGCUGCGGGGAAAGAAGUGA